GUGAGUAUGUCGACCGCUGGCUGCGCUGGCAGCCGCGCGUACACGUAGGGCGAAGGGCUACCGAGGGGGAGAACUCGCCUUCCGCGGCGACGGCGACGGUCGCCCGUGCUCCAAGGCCGUUUCAAGGCCCUCGACCUCGAAUGUCAGCGUAGAGAAGCGAAAAAAAAAAAAAAGACGCGGAGGGAGAAACGCGCGUCCGUGGCCUUCGUCCCGGGGGGGUAGUCGCGCCGCGCGAGAGCUGCCACGAGGUUUCACGUGCCUUUCGCCGAUUCGGCGCUUCCCAAAUUAGCCGGCUCUCCGUAUUCCACGCUUCGCGGAACGAUGAUGAGGCUCCCGCGGAUGCUGCUCGUCGUUGGUUAUCUGCUGCGCUGUCACGUCGCCCGUUCAAUAGCCGCACCUGCGAGAGCGACAAGUCAGGCUUUAUUGGAUGAAAACGACGUUACGUUUAGAGACGACGGUGAUGAUGACGUCACUACAGAGGACCCGUUUUUCAAAAAGUGCAUUGUAGACGGAAAUUCCUAUUCUCACAGCCAAACGAUACCGUCGUACGACGCGAAUUCGCAUUGCCUAUGCGUCGUCGGCGAAGUUUACUGUUGGUGGCAAAAUUAUAAUUCGAACACCGCCUCGUCGCUCGACCCGUCUUCUCUGCGAUCGACCGCGGUGGAAAGCAAUUACACUUCAUCCCUGGGAAUGAGUACGGACAUUGUGGAUGGGUUCGAGGCUUCCGGAAAUUUUGACUCGUCGGUCAGCCAACAAGGACAUAAAGAAAUUAACGGCACUCUGUCAAGCACAACGCCUUCUGCACCGGCCAUUUGCCUCGUGAUGGGAAGAGAGUAUCGACAGGGUGAGACACUACCACACUCAACCGGGAACUGCGUCGAAUGCAGCUGCGGCUCCGAAGGCCGCAUCGAAUGCUCGCCGAGAGACUGUGUGGCACUGCGACCCGAGAUAUUAGUCGCACCUGAUAAACCCGAGGUACCCGACGGCGAUUUCGAAGUUUUCAACUUAGCGCGGGAUUGGGAUAUCGGCGAAAAUUUCUAAAGCAUUUGAUAACGAGUUAUGCAAAGUCCUGCUCGGACUUCUGAUUACUGCGAUAUUAUUAACGUUGGUCAAAAGGCUAGCUUAAUCGUUUAAUUAAAUGUGACUUUAAGAACAAGAAGUUCUUUAAAAAAGGACAGAUUCCUGCGAAGGAAAACAGAUCCCCGAGAGUAGACUGAUUCUAAAGUAUAAUAUUUAACGAUGAAAAUCGGAAAUAGAUCUGGGGCGUUCACAGUUUAUUGGUCAGCGUGAAUAAUUGAAUGACGUUUAUAUCAAACUCUUCUUAAUACUUAUUUUUAAUGUAAUCUCAUACUUUUUAAAUAUAACAAAAUAAUUUGGUUAUGAAAUUAUAGAAUUAUAGAAUUUGCGCUUAGCGGUUCUUUACCAUUAAGGGAUCAUCUCGCGUCUUUUUUUAUCAUAAAAGAGAAUCAUUUUCUUUCCAUCGAGGAUGUGCCUUCAAUUAUUUGUCUUACAUCAUGGAUGUAAUCAAAAACGGCGUAGAAGGCAUAGUCCUAAAAUGUUUAGUCUAGAUUUUUCCUAUAAAAUCUUCAACGAGUGAGAAAAAAGAGCCUAUUCGAAUGUCUUUUUUACGUAGAUGGCCUUAUCAAGAAUCUUUUUGGACAUUAAUUGAUAGACUGAAUACUCUUCACGUAGGAGCCCUUUGAUAAAUUAAAAUCUAUACAUUUUACCAGAUAUAAAAGAUAGAACUUAUUAUUUUCUAUUUAAAUACUACGUGAAAUUCUUCCAUUUUAAUUUAUUUGAUAUGGAUUCAAUUUAUAGAUCCCAUAGUUAGUAAUUUAGUAAUUUAUUCGGUGAAUAAAAAAUUCGUAUCUGUAUAGAUUCGAUAUAUAAGAAUGUUUUUGUAGACGACGGCCUAUAAUCCAUAAAUUAAUCACAACACAUGUACAUCAGCCCGCCUUAUGUACGUGUGAAAAACAAUAUUAAUGAGCUUAGUCAUUACUAGUCGAUCACAAUAAUAUGACAUAAAAGGUUUAACAAUACUCUUCGUCAUACCUCAUAUCCUAAUAGGUGCAUAAUCAAAUAUUGUAGUGAAGAUCGUGUAAUUUACCACACACACGUGUGUGUGUGUGUGUGUGAAAUAAUAUAUACCGCCAUACAUAAUCUUACAUAUUUACAAUAGAAUAAUGCCAAUGACGAAUAACGGAAAUCCCUUGUUGCAAUAGUUUACAACAUUUACAUGAUACAUAUAAAAGAUUGAAUAACAGUAAUAGAAAUGUAAUCAAGUGAAAAAUCGUACCAAUAAGAAAAAUGACCUUUAAUAAAACCCUUAACAUUUAACAUAUCUCAUAUAUGCACAAUAUAUAUUAUAUAUACAUUAUAUAUCU